AUGUCUCACGAAGUAACCCUAACGUCCGACUCUCAGACUCUCCUAUCUCUAUACGCUUCAAUGAUGCAACUUCCUUUGAAGCAAAAAAAUGAAUCUGAAAAGGAUAUUCCAACUGAGUUAUUCCGCUUCCGCAGCCACGAGCAGCUUUUGGCAUUGGAAAAUACCAACAAUCAACGACAAGCGAAUCGAGCUUUCACUUGCCAAGCUAAGUUUGACGAGCUUGGAUCUGAAGCAAAGGUUAUUCUCUUUACAAGCAUCAACCCCAAAGUGGUUGGAGGUAAUUUAAUUCUUUUCCCUUACAAAUCAUUCAUAAGGACAUGCCUAGCUCAGCUAUUUCUCAACGCCACAUCUGGUACCCACUUUUAUUUCGACUGUGAAACAUCUGUAGGGAAACAACAUUUUGAAAGGUUGGUUGGUGAUGGAUCCAAUGCGAGUUCCUCCUCAUCGAAAGUGGUCCCUGCACAAAAAAUAGGGCCCCUAACCAUUGCUGAGCUGAACCAAUAUGUCCUUACAGCCGAUCCUCAGAUUAUUGAGUUUCUAUGUAAGGCUGAGGCUACCAGUGUUCAGUCAGAAAAGGGAUGGUCCUAUAUUGGAUGCUCCAAAUGUGCAAAGAAGCUUCAGCGUGAUGAGUCAUCUUUCACUAGCCUCUUCUGUGAUAGGCAAAACGAUAGGUAUCAUGUGGAGUUGUCGGUGAAAGACCGUACGGAUGAUGCUGGUACUGGUAUAAAUGCCAAAGUCGACACAGAAUUUCCUCCCUCCUUGAAUGAAAUAGUUGGAAAAACAUUCACUUUCCAGCUCAAGUUGGGAAAGUUCAACUUCACUUCCAAAAAACAAACCUUCACUGUCUCCCGUAUAAUAACUGAGCACGAGAGGGCACCAUUGCCAGCCUUUGUUAAUGAUGAUGGAGAUGACCAUGGACCCGAUGACAAUGGGGAUGGUGCGGGGUUAACUGAUGAUGCAAUCAAACAGAGACUUGUCAACGGUGAAAACUUGAAGAAUAAGGCACGCCAGGAGUAUAUCUACGUGGAUUAA